AGCGCUUGGAGGGGGUUGGCCUGGUGUGCACUCCGCACCUCGGGGACGCUAUUGCGCGUGGAUCGGCAGUUUUGGGAAGGCUUUUGCCCAGAAGAAAAGAUGUUUGGUUUUCACAAGCCAAAGAUGUACCGAAGUAUAGAAGGUUGCUGUAUUUGCAGAGCUAAGUCCUCCAGUUCUCGAUUCACUGAUAGUAAACGUUAUGAAAAGGACUUCCAGAGCUGUUUUGGGUUGCAUGAGACUCGUUCAGGAGACAUCUGUAAUGCCUGUGUUCUUCUUGUGAAAAGAUGGAAGAAGUUACCAGCAGGUUCAAAAAAAAACUGGAAUCAUGUGGUAGACGCAAGGGCAGGACCUAGUCUAAAGACUACUUUGAAACCAAAGAAAGUAAAAACUCUAUCUGGAAACAGGAUAAAAAGCAACCAGAUCAGUAAACUGCAGAAGGAAUUUAAACGUCACAAUUCUGAUGCUCACAGUACCACCUCAAGUGCCUCCCCAGCUCAAUCUCCUUGUUAUAGUAACCAGUCAGAUGACGGCUCAGAUACAGAAAUGGCUUCUGGCUCUAAUAGAACACCAGUUUUUUCCUUUUUAGAUCUUACUUACUGGAAAAGACAGAAAAUUUGUUGUGGGAUUAUCUAUAAAGGCCGUUUUGGAGAAGUCCUCAUUGACACACAUCUAUUCAAGCCUUGCUGCAGCAAUAAGAAGACAGCUGCAGAGAAGCCAGAGGAGCAGGGGCCCGAACCUCUGCCCAUCUCCACUCAGGAGUGGUGACUGAGGUUUAUGUAGAAGGGGAACAAAUGAUUUAAAUUUUGAAAAGACCACAAAGCAACAAACUGACCUUACUAUUUUUAACUUGGAUACCUGCUAUUCUGCCAAAAGACAAUUUUCUAGAAUAGUUUUGAAUGGGUUAUUUUUUCCUCCAGUCCCAUAAACUUUGAAGCCAGUGUCUAGCUUACUAAAAGAAAAAAGAAGUGUACAUAAUAUUUAAGAUGCUGAGUAUUUCAUAGGAAAGCUGAAUGCUGCUGUAAAGUGCUCUUUAAGUCUUUUUUUUUUUUUUAAUAAUCCCCUUCUAAUGAAUUAAAUAAAGGGAAUUUCAGGGGACACAGAUGGGAUUUGUUGUAUGAUAAACCAUAUGUAGUUUUUAGUCUUUCUAUAUUGAGAAGCAGUGGUUGGGGCAUUUUUUAAAGAUGGCUGGCUACACUUGUUUUCCCUCAUGUUAGUAGAUUUGUCAUAACUCAAUAACACGUCUUGCCCCUAGUGGUAGUUGUUAAUAAUUUUGAAAUAAUUGAGUCUCUCCAACUUUCUGAUGAAUCAAACCUGUACUACUGAUGAUUAAGCAGGACAGACUGAGCUUUUUGGUGCAAAUACCUUGACGGAGGAAGUAAUUUCUAAUUAUAUAGAGAGAAGCUUGACUGUAUGUGUUGCAUCCUGUGUCACCUUCCUUCAUAUUAAUAUUUGUUAAAGAUUUUAAUUUAUGUGAAUCUUUUCAAGCAGAAUGAAAUCUCCUCUUGGAGAAGAGGUGAGUAGGUGGGAUAGAUGAGAUCUUAUAUGAAUAGUACCAAAGCAUUACCACACCGUGGAAAACACACUCUUAAAAAUGUUAAACUAUGUGCAAGUCUUCAGGAUGGCACAAAACAAAGGUUAAUGCUUCUUGGGCACGUUGCUUGUCGGGCUUGCCCGAGUGUGUAAAUAAUUGACUUUAUUUGUGUUACAUGACUGGUGACUUCAUUGAAAUCUUCACAAUUCAGUUUUAGCUCUGGAUUACUUCACUUGACCUUUGUGAAGGUUCUAUCUGCAUAGAGUAGGUGUUUGACUUGUUUUAACCUGUUGGGCUUUUGGGUUUUUUUUUUUUUUUUUUUUUCACUUUUUAAAAAAAAAAU